CAGAUUCAGAUCUGGCUGUGUUUGCAUUGUUUUCAUAUUUAAAUAUCAUUCAAUGUUCCUCAAGGACUGAGUCUACUUUCUUGUACACAUGUUUCCUUCGUCACUACUAUAACACAUACGACACUGGUUGUCUUUGAUUCACUCUGCAUUCAUUAAACAUCAUCAGCAGAUAAUUAUUUAAUAAUCUUUUAACUGGAAGUUUCCACGGCUUACUAUUUAUCGUUCCUUGCCCAGAUCAUCUUGGAAUCAUCUACAGCCUCAGCAAAUUCGCAUAUACAUAACCAGUAGCCAGAAGAAGAAAAAGCAACCGGAAAUAAUGGCUAUUAAAUCUCUCAUCACCCGAUUUGGCAAAGGUGCUGCCACCAAGCAGAUGUACAUAUACGAGACAUGGCUACGUUGGAUCGUCCGCGGAAUCCAGUUCGUACUCGCCGUCAUUGUCUGUGGUCUAUAUGGGCGUCGCGUCGACCAUGAUCGUAGACACGGGAACGGUCAGUCAGUCGCGUGGGUUUACGCACUAUUCGUCGCCGGUUUUUCGUGCAUCACCUGCAUUUUGUACUCUAUCCCCAACCCAUUCGGCCGCCUACAGUCGCAUCGCCUCUUCGCCUGGGACCUCAUCCUCUUCGUCCUGUGGGUUGCCCUCUUCGGCACCUUUGCCGCUAUCUUCCUCAAACGUGAGGAAGACGAGUACGAGGGCACCAGCGUCUCACUCAUGAAGUGUGCUGUCUGGAUUGAUCUCGUGAAUUGCGUUUUCUGGCUCUGCACCGGUCUUUACGGCUGCUUCCGUACUUUCGUCGGCAGGAAGGUGAACGGGAAGAUCGAUGAAUAUUCGAACAAGGUUGAGGAUGGAAUCAACGCCAAGGUGGAUCAAUACGCGGGUUCCGCAAAGGACAGCUUCAGCAUGAAGCUCAAUCCCUUACACAACGCCGGUUCCGCAAAGAGCAACUUCAGUAUGAAGCUUAAUCCUUUACGCAACGAGACAGUAUGAGCUAGGAAUACGUGGGAAGGGAUGGAUAUCUCAUACGUUGAAUAACGAUGCGCAUGGCCGUAUGAUAGGAUUGGGUUAUAGGGAUCUUGUUCAUGCAUAGCAUUACGGACGGUUGCAUAUAGACUACUAGACGGGCUUCAUCAGUUAGAAGUGAUGUCUCAGACUGAUCCCCUUGGGUUCCCUUUUUCGGGAGCCAUCAAGGGUUGUCCAUUAAUAUUAUUAUUAUAUUUUACACUAUAAUUUUCCCACAAUAUUAAUC